AUGAGUUCAUAUUUCGUGAACCCUCUCUUCUCCAAGUACAAAGCAGGCGAAUCUCUGGAUCCCACGUCGUACUACGACUGCCGCUUCCCGCAAGGGAUGGGACGAAACCCGGCUUUGGUGUACGGUGCGCCCGGCGCCACCGGCAGUGGUUACCAGCACCCAUCUCCCCACGUCCAGGAUUUCUUCCACCACAGCGCCUCCACGCUCUCCGCCUCGGGGUACCAACAGGUCCCGUGCGGGUUAACGUGCCACGGUGAGACCGCCAAGUUCUACGGCUACGACUCUCUGCCUCGCCAGCCUCUAUACGCCGCGGCGCAGCAAGAUGGAUCCAUGAUGUCCUACCAGGAAUGCAAGCCGUCCACCGCCGAGACCCAGGGAAACCUGAACCAAAAUUCGCCCGCCAAUCUCAUGUUCCCGUGGAUGAGACCUCAUGCUCCCGGGCGCCGCAGCGGGCGCCAGACUUACAGCCGCUUCCAAACGCUUGAGCUGGAGAAAGAGUUCCUGUUUAACCCCUACCUCACGCGGAAACGGAGGAUCGAAGUCUCUCACGCCCUGGGACUGAGCGAGAGGCAGGUGAAGAUCUGGUUCCAGAACCGGCGAAUGAAAUGGAAAAAAGAGAAUAACAAGGAGAAGUUCCCCAGCGCCCGGGAGGAGGGGAAGAGCGGGGAGCCGGUCGCCGAGGAAGACGAGGAGGAGAAGGACGAGGAAGAGGAGAAGGAUGAGGGGGCGAAUGAGAAGGGGCCAUCAAAAUAGUACCGUUCUCCAUGGCAUGUGGUACACGGAGUCGGGAGAGGAUCUUAGAGGGUUAGAAGAAAUGCGGGAGGGCUUGUAUGUAAAUAAAUACGUUUCAUAACAGCGCCAAGUAUUACUUAAGUUAAAUGUGAAUUAUAAUAGCCUUCCUCUGCACAAGUGUGUAUAUAUAUAUAUACAUAUAUAUAUAUAUAAUCUUAUAUAUAUAUUAAUCUCUCGCUUUAAAUCUUGGUUACGUUUUCUCGUGAAUUUCAAUUUCUUUUUCAAUUUAUCGUUGUGGCAAUACGUACAGUACUACCUAUAGACAUAGAAGGGGGAGCCCCGCUGGUCUUUGUAACGGCGCCUUGAACAAAAAAAAUCUUCUAUUCUAGAACAAUUUUCGUUGCUAUUUGGCCGCGGUUGCUGCUACACUGUUUGAGAGCUGGGACUGAUGUUUAGGAGAGAGGGAUGAAGGGAAAAAUAUACUACCUAAUGUGUGUGUGUGUGUGUGUGUGUGUUACAGAGAAAGAGAGAGGGGAGGCAACAAUAGUGUGUAGGAUGCACUAUUUACAAACUGCCUAAAUGCACAUAUUUUAUCUUUUCGUUUGUGUGCGUGAUAGAGAGAACGUGCUUGCAUGUUCUUGUGUGUGAAGAGGUUGGUGGGUUCGUAUAUGUGUGUUUAAGCAAGU